AUGACCUCGACAACGCCCACAUCGGCGCCGCCGUCGCGCGCUCGCUCAGCAUCACGAACUCGCAACAAUCUCCCCUCACGACCAACAACUCCUCUGCGGCCACACUCACGCACAAGUCUCCGUGCCUCAAUCGCAACUCCCACAAAUGGAUGCCAAUUCUCCGACCAAGCUGUCCCGCUCGAAGCACUCGAACCAGCCUUUGGGGAACUCGCAGAUGGCAUGGCCGAUCUGGAAGCCAACAUGAUGCACCUCCAAUUGCUGCACGAGAGUCUGAACCGCUUCAACGAAUGCUUUGGCGCUUUUCUCUACGGCAUGAAUAUGAGUGCCUUCUGCGUCGACUUCCCGGAAGCUCCUGGUAUCGAGAGUUUCAAGCGCGCCGCUGAAGCUGCGAAGAAUCAGGCACAUCAGGAUAAUGCCAUGUCUGCUGAGGUCCACCAUCGCGAGCGGGACGUGGACGCUACCUUCCUGUGCGUUGCCCCAGACUUGACACGCUGA